AUGGCAGCCAUAUUCAGAAACGCAAUCCUCAGCCUCCCUAAGUCCGGCCACAUACCCGCCGCCGUCCCCCUCCGCCUCAAAAUCUCCAGGGUUUGCUUCGCCUCGGCCUCCCGACACAAUCCCGAGGACGACAAGACGAAGGAUUAUAACCCGUACGAUGCCGACGAGGCGGUCUCGGAGCCGAGAGACGAGGUGAAGGAGACGAUGGACCGGGCCAAGGAGAAAACCCGGGAAAUGAAGGAGAAGACCAAAAGCCAAGCAGAGGCCAUGAAGGAGAAAACAAAGGAGAAAACCAAGGAGAUGAACGAGAAGACGAAGGAGAAUCUGAGCCCAGUGGCCGACAAGGCUAAAGAGAUGAAGGACAGGGCUGCGGACAGCGCUGGGAAGAUGGCAGAGCGGGCCAAGGAGCGGGCCUACGAGGCGAAGGAGUCGACGAAGGAGAAGGCCCACGAAGCGAAGGAGACGACUAAAGGGAUAGCGGAGAAGGUGGCAGACACGGCGAAGGAGACGGUGAGGAAAAUAAAGGAGACGGUUGUGGGGAAGUCGGAGGAGGAAGAGGAGGCGGGAAAGGAGAAGGUUAUGGAUGAAGACGUGGUGGAUAUGAGGCGGCGCGUGGGGGAGGAGAAGGACAAGGAUAAGUAUUGA